AUGGCAGAUCUUGCAAUUUCGACAGUCUUCUUUGAACAUCACCGCCAGGCCUUCGGUAUUGCCGAGACGAAGCCUCGCAUCACCUGGAGGUUCGAAGGCACCGUUUCUGAUUGGGAGCAAAGCGCCUACGACAUAGAAGUUGCGCGCAAUGGACGCAAGGUCGAUAAAACAGCUCUUUUCUCCUUCAACUCCUCCAACUCGCUCUACGUACCGUGGCCCGACGAGGAACUCGGAGAGUCAGAGGCUGCAACUGUACGUGUGCGCGCUCAUGGCAACGACGGGCUGUCAACUCCUUGGUCUGACUGGGUCAACGUGGAGACGGGACUCCUAACGGAGGAUAGUUGGGUUGGAGCGGUCCCGAUUACAGCCGACAUUUUUGAACAAUCUAACAACACCGCCAAACGGCCUUUAUACUUCCGUCGCGACUUCCAGAUCCCUCAGGGCGCUAUUGCUUCUGCAAGGCUAUAUAUCACAGGUCUUGGGAUCUACGAGGCUGAGAUCAACGGGAAGAGGGUUGGUGAUCUUGUUCUUGCGCCCGGGUGGCAGUCGUACAGCCACCGCCAAGUCUAUGAUUCAUACGAUGUGACAAGUCUUUUAACAGCUGGGAAGAACGCCAUCGGAGUGGUUGUAGGAGAAGGAUGGUUUCUCGGCCGGCUAGGACCAGAAAGUGUUAGAAACAAUUGGGGCGACUCAAUUGGACUUCUCAGCAAGCUUGUCAUUACCCUUGAAAAUGGUAAAAAUGUCACACUCGGCACUGACAUGGACUGGCGGGCGAGCGGAGGACCUGUCGUCUCGGGCGAAAUCUAUGAUGGCGAGACCUACGACGCUAGACUCGCAAAGCAAAUUCGGGGAUGGUCAACGACAGCCUUCAACACAAAGGGAAAGACAUGGGGUAGGGUUCGCACGCUGCCACCUCUCAAGGGGAAGCUCACUCCACCUGACCAACCUGGCAUCCGAAGGAUAGAGGAAAAGGAACCCCAGCGGAUGUUCAGGUCCCCGUCGGGAAAGACAAUUAUUGAUUUCGGACAAAACCUCGUAGGCUGGCUCCGGGUUCAGGUCGAUGGGCCAGCUAAUACGAACAUCACGUUUCAUCACGCAGAGGUAUUGGUGGAUGGCGAGCUAGCCCUGAAACCACUACGUACAGCAAAAGCAACCGACACCAUCAUACUCGCUGGCGAUGGUCCGAUUACUUGGGAGCCCAAGUUCACCUUCCAUGGCUUCAGGUACGUCCAGGUCGACGGCUGGCCCAAGAACAGGGCACUGAGGGGAUCCAUCAAGGCUGUCGUGGUACACACAGAUCUGGAGGAGACGGGCUGGUUCGAGUGUUCCAACCAUGCCCUGAACCAACUACACUCUAAUGUUCGCUGGUCUAUGAAAGGGAAUUUCAUAUCCAUUCCGAUGGACUGCCCCCAAAGAGAUGAGCGUCUUGGGUGGACAGGUGAUGCACAUCUCUUCGGACCCACCGCAAAUUACCUCUACAACACUGCUGGAUUCUGGCGAGGAUGGCACAGGGAUCUCGCGAGCGAGGCGGCUUCAGACGGUAGCAUGGUACCUCGAUGGUACACGCCAAUGCUUCAAGGGCCAACUAAUCAGCCUAUUGCAACUGCUGUUUGGGGUGAUGUAGCUGUAGGUAAUCCUUGGAACAUUUACCAAUCCUUUGGUGAUAGGGGUCUUCUUCAAGAACAUCUUGCCCAAGGUGUCGGAUGGCUGGAUAAAGGCAUCCCUCGAAAUGAAGCUGGACUUUGGAAUCGCCUGACCUUCCAGUACGGUGACUGGCUCGACCCAAAGUCUCCCCCUGACGACCCUGGAAAUGCCACAACUCACAAGUUUCUGGUUGCAGAUGCCUACUUGGUACGUAUGACGGAGGUUAUGUCUGAGAUCACUGCUUCGCUCGGACAAACAGCUCUAUCGGAGAAAUACGCAAGUCAGCAUAAGUCCUUAAAGGCCCAGUUCCAAAAGGCCUGGAUGAAUGUUGAAGGGGCGCUGGCAAACCGUACGCAAACGGCUUACUCUCUCGCCAUCUCAUUCGGGCUGUUGGAAGACGACAAGAUACUCACUGUAGCCAAAACACUGCAUGACAUCGUAGCAGCCAACGAUUACCUCAUUGGAACGGGCUUUGCAGGCACACCAGCUCUCAGCGACGCAUUGAGAUCCACUAAUGCAACGGAAGACUUUUAUCGCAUCCUCCUCCAAACAAAGGUUCCCUCUUGGCUGUACCAAGUUGACAUGGGUGCUACCACGAUCUGGGAGCGUUGGGAUAGCAUGCUUCCGGAUAGGCAAAUGAACCCUGCAGAGAUGACAAGCUUCAAUCAUUACGCGUAUGGUUCCGUUGCGCAAUUCUUGCAUGAGACUGUUGGUGGAUUAGCCCCAAACAAAGACAGCCCGGGCUACAAAACUAUUGUGGUCGCACCUAUCCCAGGUGGUGGAAUCACAUCAGCUCAUGCUAAACAUCUGGGACCUUAUGGAAUGGUGGAAGUUAGCUGGUCUGUAAAGAAAGCUAAAGGGUUUAAUCUGCAAGUUAAGGUGCCGCCUAACUCGAGGGCAAGAGUAAAGAUGCCUAGUUCUAAGAAUCUUAUUACAUCAUAUUAA